CUAUACAUAUGUGUGAGCUAAUAAAACCUCUCCUCUCCUGGAAGCAGGAGGCUUUGAUGGAUGGCAUCUCCUGCAUGUCAGAGACACUUGCCUUCCUCUUUGGGUUAUAAACUUUUGAUGCCAGAUCUCCGCCGAAGCUGCCCAACUGAAUCUUAAAGUAGCAUCUCGAAGAGACACAGGCGGAGAACGCGCAAUCCGUGACCUUCAUCCCGGCACCUUCCAUCUCCUCCUUUCCUUCCCGGGCUGCCUCCCUCCCUCCCUCCCUUCCCCCCCCCAGGAGGGGGGAGCAUCGAGAAAGCUCUUUUUGGAUGCAGGAGGGGGGCAUCUGGUUCUGCUGGGCUGGAAGGCUGAGGCAGGAACUGAGGAAGAAUUAUUAGACUCCGGAGACUCGGCUUCUCCUUCUCCCUGGCUGCUCCUGGCUGCUCUGUCUCGGUGUCCUCUCUCUCCCCCACCCCUCCAACACACCACCACUCCCCACCCCCAUUUCUGGCUGGUGGUUGGUGUGCGGGACAGGGGGCGGGGGGCACCCGCAUCGUGCCUCGGCCCGGAGUUCUGGGAAGUUGUGGCCAUCGAGGAUGGGGGUCUGUGGGUACCUGUUCCUGCCCUGGAAGUGCCUCGUGGUCGUGUCUCUCAGGCUGCUGUUCCUUGUACCCACAGGAGUGCCCGUGCGCAGCGGAGAUGCCACCUUCCCCAAAGCGAUGGACAACGUGACGGUCCGGCAGGGGGAGAGCGCCACCCUCAGGUGUACCAUAGAUGACCGGGUUACCAGGGUGGCCUGGCUCAACCGCAGUACAAUUCUCUACGCUGGAAAUGACAAGUGGUCCAUAGACCCUCGUGUCAUCAUCCUGGUCAACACACCAACCCAGUACAGCAUCAUGAUCCAAAACGUGGAUGUGUAUGAUGAAGGUCCAUAUACCUGCUCUGUGCAGACUGACAAUCACCCCAAGACUUCUCGGGUCCAUCUCAUAGUGCAAGUUCCUCCCCAGAUCAUGAAUAUCUCCUCAGACAUCACAGUGAAUGAAGGAAGCAGCGUGACCCUGCUGUGUCUGGCCAUUGGCAGACCAGAGCCAACUGUGACGUGGAGACACCUGUCAGUCAAGGGCCAGGGCUUCGUGAGUGAGGAUGAAUAUCUGGAAAUCUCUGAUAUCAAACGUGACCAAUCGGGGGAGUACGAAUGCAGUGCUCUGAAUGAUGUCGCUGCACCAGAUGUGCGGAAAGUAAAAAUCACCGUAAACUAUCCUCCUUAUAUCUCCAAAGCCAAGAACACUGGUGUUUCAGUGGGCCAGAAAGGCAUCUUGAGCUGUGAAGCCUCUGCUGUUCCCAUGGCCGAAUUUCAGUGGUUCAAAGAAGACACAAGGUUAGCCACUGGCCUGGACGGAGUAAGGAUUGAGAACAAAGGCCGUAUAUCCACUCUGACUUUCUUCAAUGUCUCAGAGAAGGAUUAUGGGAACUAUACCUGCGUGGCUACAAACAAGCUUGGAAAUACCAAUGCCAGCAUCACACUGUAUGGGCCUGGAGCAGUCAUUGAUGGUGUAAACUCGGCCUCUAGAGCACUGGCUUGUCUCUGGCUCUCAGGGACCCUCUUUGCCCACUUCUUCAUCAAGUUUUGAUAAGAAAUCCUAGGUCCUCUGAGCAACGCCUGCUUCUCCAUAUCACA